AUGUCCGCCAGUCUGGAGAAGUCGGGAGAGGACCGAAAGGCUUCGGUCACUCUCCACACUGCCCCUGAUGUCGAGCACAUCGAGGCUCCCGUCACUUGGAAGGCCUAUCUUCUUUGCGCCUUUGCCUCCUUCGGUGGUAUUUUCUUCGGUUAUGAUUCCGGUUACAUCAACGGUGUCUUGGGCUCCCACAUCUUCAUCCAGGCUGUCGAGGGCUCCACUGCGACCAAGAUCUCCGAAUCUAACACUUCUCUGAUCGUCUCUAUCCUGUCCUGCGGAACUUUCUUUGGUGCUUUGAUUGCUGGUGAUGUUGCCGACUGGAUCGGCCGUAAGUGGACCGUCAUCGCCGGAUGUGUCAUCUACGCUCUUGGUGUUGUCAUCCAGAUGAUUACCAGCCCCGAUCAUGCUCUUGGCCCCAUCGUCGCCGGUCGUGUUAUUGCCGGUCUUGGUGUCGGUUUCGAGUCUGCCAUUGUUAUUCUGUACAUGUCUGAAAUUUGCCCUCGCAAGGUUCGUGGUGCUCUCGUUGCCGGCUACCAGUUCUGCAUCACCAUCGGUAUCAUGUUGGCCUCCAUCGUGGUUUACGCCACCAAGGAUUACGACAACACCGGUGCUUACCGUGUGCCCAUUGCCAUUCAGUUCCCCUGGGCACUGAUCUUGGGUAUCGGUUUGCUCUUCCUGCCUGACUCUCCUCGUUACUUCGUCAAGAAGGGUGAGAUCCAGAAGGCUAUCAACUCUCUGUCUCGCGUUCGUGGCCAGCCUGAGAACUCCGAAUACGUCCAGACCGAACUUGCUGAGAUUAUCGCCAACGAGGAGUACGAGCGUGCUCUCAUUCCUUCUACCACCUGGUUCGGAUCUUGGGCCAAUUGCUUCAAGGGUAGCCUCUGGAGUGCCAAAUCCAACUUGCGCCGAACCAUUCUGGGUACCUCUUUGCAGAUGAUGCAGCAGUGGACUGGUGUCAACUUCAUCUUCUACUACUCCACUCCCUUCCUUCAGUCUACUGGUGCCAUCAGCAACACCUUCUUGAUCUCGCUCAUCUUCACUCUCGUCAACGUCUGCUCAACUCCUCUGUCGUUCUGGACUGUUGAGAGAUUCGGUCGUCGUACUAUUCUUAUUGUCGGCGCUGCUGGUAUGCUUAUCUGCCAGUUCCUCGUUGCCAUCAUUGGUGUCACUAUCGGUUUCAACCACACCCACCCCGAUCCCAGCAACCCCAAGAACAACAUUGCCGACAACAUUGCUGCCGUCAACGCCCAGAUUGCCUUCAUUGCCAUCUUCAUCUUCUGGUUCGCUUCCACCUGGGGUCCCGGUGCCUGGAUUGUUAUUGGCGAGAUUUUCCCCCUCCCCAUUCGAUCCCGUGGUGUCGGUCUCUCCACUGCCUCCAACUGGCUCUGGAACACCAUCAUUGCCGUCAUUACCCCUUACAUGGUUGGCGAGGACCGUGGUAACCUGAAGUCCUCAGUCUUCUUCAUCUGGGGUGGUCUUUGCACUUGCGCCUUUGUCUAUGCCUACUUCCUGAUUCCCGAGACCAAGGGUCUGUCCCUCGAACAGGUCGACAAGAUGAUGGAGGAGACCACUCCCCGCAACUCCGCCAAGUGGAAGCCAACCACUACCUUCGCUAGCACCGUCGGAGCUGGUGAAUACAUGGAGAAGCCCAUUGCUCAGGUGUAA